AUGGUUGCUCUUCAACUGUUCUACGAAGGACGAGCGGGCGAGUGCCUGAUCGCGAAGCCAGCCAAGUCCCUGUCCAAGGUAUGGAAUAGCAUCAAGUCGACCAAGAACUCCUUUGCCUUCAAUAAGGUCAACCGCGUCCCAGCGCCCAAGUAUGACGUGCCUGUUUUUACUCCUGCACCGUCUAGCGGUCACGCUGUCGCCAUCGUCGCAUGGCCCUCUAGCGCAAGCAUCAUGAUCUCUGCAACUGGUAUCCUUCCGCCUGUCCCGACUUCCAUGUAUUCUGCCGUGGGAGAGACUGAGGUGAUCAAAGGCCUUGACAAUGCGUACCACGACCCGGACGUGCUCGACAUCAGGAGAAGGGUAUUUGUUUUGGACUUCAUUGAGGCAUUCUUUGCCAGAGACCACAAAGCAAUGGACAUCUUGAGCCCUAUCCAUGCUACUAAUCGCAUGGUACCAUCCAACCAGAAUAUGUUGGGCACAACAGUUUUCAACGACUCGACGGGCCCCGUCAACGAAGUUGUACCGCGAUCCCAUUUCAAGAAUGAAACAAGCCUCAGUGACUUCAUUAUCCAUGCAAGGCUCGGUGCUGGCGCAAACGGUGUUGUUUACCGUGUCGAAGACAAGAUUACGAACAAGACAAUGGCGUUGAAGGUCAUCAGGAAGCAAGGCGCUGCUUUAUGCGACCUCCAGCAAUUUCGAGUUGAGCUGGAUGCCCUGAAGCGGGUCAUAGGUGAUGCUCAUUGUAUGCAAGUCGAGGCAGGCUUUCAGGACGCACAGUGCCUCUAUCUAGCUCUUGCGUUCUAUUCAGGAGGCGAUCUCCAUGACGUUAUUCGCACCUAUCCGCGCCGGAUUCUUCCAGUCGAACAAGCAAGGUUUUACACAGCAGAACUUCUUGUUGGUGUUUAUCAUCUUCACUGUCAAGGAGUGAUCCACAGGGAUAUCAAACCAUCAAAUAUCCUUAUCGACUCCCGUGGUCAUCUCGUUAUCGCAGAUCUAGGUUUAGCAAAGGUCUUCACACUCGACGAUCCGAAAUCGUUUUCUCCCUACAACCCCACAGGAACGUUCACCAGCCUAUCACAAGCACCCUACCUCGCGAGUUCACUCUGCGGUACUGCAGAGUACAUGGCGCCUGAACUUAUACUGGGUGCCAAGUAUGGUUUCGCGAUCGACUUUUGGGCGGUCGGUGUCAUGUUGUACGAGAUGCUUGCUGGAAAGGCAAGUCCUGCAUCAUUUACUCCUUGGGCCACAGUUGACGGUCUUCACAUAGCCGAUGGCAUUGUUGGGUUUGAGCCUUUCCUCGUUAGAGAUUUCCAUUCUGAGGCCCAGGAUCUCCUACGUAAUAUGCUUCAGAAGGAGGUCACAAGUAGGCCUUUGUAUGAGGCUAUGCUUAAUCACCCAUUUUUUGCGUCGAUUGACUGGAAGAAAGUCGAGAAACGAACCCUCCCUCUGCUUUGCACUCCAGUGGUCAAAGAGAAAGACACUCCAUCCACGGUUCCCAUGUCGCUUGGCCAGUGUGAACCAUCGAACGACCCGCUGCCCAAUUUCAAUUUCAUUUCCCCAGUGUUGAAGCGCGAGCGUCACCGCGCUCAAGCCUUGUGGAGAAUCAAGGCUAAGAAUGGCAUUCAAGCUCUUCAGAAAAUCGCUGCCAAGCUCUUCUCCCGCCCACCGGCACCGGAAAAGAGGGAGCAUCAAGCCUCUCGUCCUGCUUGUACAACGACUGGGAUUACGUUGGUGAAUGAUGACGAAACACGUGCUAAUUGGGCUUCUGGGGCUGCUGAAAUCUCGCGUGCUUCAUCGAAUUGGUCGUUGCGCCAUUUCCUGCGUCGUAAUGCACUUUUGGGCGAAGAAUGUGUUCCACAACCUCAGCCAUGUGACAAUUAUUCCGGUCCAGUUCCCGUGCGAAGCCUCGAGUCGUUCAUCCGCCGUAUCGACCAAGCCGAGAGGCCUCGUCCGGGGCGAAAAAAUUUGCGCAUCACCCCAUCGCCUCCAUCCGCUACUCCGUCACCUAACGCGACCCUUGUCGCAUCUCCUACGCAUUUGUCACCGAAAGUAAUUGGCUCCCCGUCUCGAAGUUCAGGCUUCAAGCGAUGGAUUAGUCGCCUUUGGCAUCCUAUUCCUAGUGCUCAUGUGAUGGUCGGAGAUGAACGUAAGACCCUUGACCUCACUGCCUAG